AGCUAAGGGCACAAACCGGGACACUUACACUCUUCUGCUUUACCUCCUGGCCCCCAAAUCUAGUAUACACGACAUCCUCCAAGAUACGUCGUUAAAAUUCAGAUUCCCAGUCCCUUUAUCCCCAGCCCCCGCUUCCGAUCUGGAUCAGGGAAUCCGGACUCUCAACAAGUGUUCCGAAUUAUUCCGUUGCAGGUGGUUGGGCAACCACCACCUGCAGACGCUCUGCAAGCCUGUAUUCUGGGAAAGGCGAGGGGCCCAGCCUCCGAAUCCCACCCAGGUGUCGGGCUUGGGCGGAGCUGGCAGCUGCGGCGAGGGAAGCCCGCAGUGCCGGCGGGGCGGAGCUCCGCCUCCCCCGGCUCCCGGGUCUCCGGGGCCCAGCCGCGCUCCACGCCAGUUGCUGCCCCUCAGCCCCAGCGCCACGAACGCCUCCCGGGUGGGCCUUUCCGCCUUUCUCGGGAGCCACCCUGGCCCCGGGCGGCAUCCUGUGAGUCCGGGCGAUUUGGAUCCACCUGGCCUCUGCCCCGAGGGGCCCAGGCUUAGUGAGGGGGUCUUACAGACAUGGAUUUAGAUGCUGUUACAAAGCAGUCAGCAUUACAUGCCAAGCCUGAUGGACUCACUCUUCAAUAUGGGACUGCUGGAUUUCGAACGAAAGCAGAACAUCUUGAUCAUGUCAUGUUUCGAAUGGGAUUAUUAGCUGUCCUGAGGUCAAAACAGACCAAAGCUACUAUAGGAGUCAUGGUAACAGCAUCACACAAUCCUGAGGAAGACAAUGGUGUAAAGUUGGUUGACCCUUUGGGUGAGAUGUUGGCACCGUCCUGGGAGGAGCACGCUACCUGUUUGGCAAACGCUGAGGAACCAGAUUUGCCGAGAGUGUUGGUGGACAUCGGCGAGAAAGCGGCUGUGAACCUGCACCAAGAUGCCUUCGUGGUGAUCGGUAGAGACACCAGGCCCAGCAGUGAGAAACUUUCACAGUCUGUAAUAGACGGUGUGACUGUUUUAGGAGGUCAAUUCCAUGAUUAUGGCUUGUUGACGACGCCCCAACUGCACUACAUGGUGUACUGCCGAAAUACCAGCGGCCAGUAUGGAAAGGCAACCACAGAAGGUUACUACCAGAAACUCUCUACAGCCUUUGUGGAACUUACCAAACAGGCCUUCUGCAGUGGAGAUGACCAAAGAACACUUAAGGUUGACUGUGCGAACGGCAUAGGGGCCCUGAAGCUGAGAGAAAUGAAACACUACUUCUCCCAGGGGCUGUCAGUUCAGCUGUUUAACGAUGGGACCAAAGGGAAGCUCAAUCAUUUAUGUGGGGCUGACUUUGUGAAAAGUCACCAGAAACCUCCACAGGGAAUCGAAAUGAAGUCCAAUGAAAGAUGCUGUUCCUUCGAUGGAGAUGCAGACAGAAUAGUUUACUACUACCAUGGUGCAGAUGGUCAGUUUCAUCUCGUGGACGGAGACAAGAUAGCAGCACUCAUUAGCAGUUUCCUUAAGGAACCCCUGUUGGAGAUUGGAGACAGUUUGAGUCUCGGUGUUGUACAAACUGCAUAUGCCAAUGGAAGUUCAACACGGUACCUGGAAGAAGUUAUGAAGGUACCAGUCUGUUGUACUAAAACUGGUGUAAAACAUCUGCAUCACAAGGCUCAGGAGUUUGACAUUGGAGUUUAUUUUGAAGCAAACGGGCAUGGCACAGUUCUGUUUAGUAAAGCUGCUGAAAUGAAGAUAAAACAACUAGCAAAAGAAUUGGAAGAAGAUGAUAAGAAAAGGAAAGCUGCUAAGAUGCUUGAAAAUGUGAUUGACUUGUUUAACCAGGCAACUGGUGAUGCUAUUUCUGACAUGCUGGUGAUUGAGGCAAUCUUGGCUCUGAAGGGCUUGACCGUACAGCAGUGGGACGCCCUCUAUGCAGAUCUUCCAAACAGACAGCUCAAAGUUAAGGUUGCAGACAGGCAAGUUAUUAGCACCACAGAUGCCGAAAGACAAGCGGUUAAACCUCCAGGACUCCAGGAGGCCAUCAAUGAGCUGGUGAAGAAGUACAGGCUUUCUCGAGCUUUUGUCCGGCCCUCUGGCACAGAAGACAUAGUCCGAGUCUAUGCAGAAGCGGACUCGCAGGAAAAUGCGGACAGCCUUGCAUAUGAAGUGAGCUUGGCAGUAUUUCAGCUGGCUGGAGGGAUUGGAGAAAGACCUCAACCAGGUUUCUGAGGACAAUUUUUAUAUUUUUUAGAAACUAGAUUUUUAAAAACUUUUCACAGGAUAAUAGUACUGCCAUUAUUGUGACAGGUUCAAACACAUUUAUAAUCAUAAAUGUUUAGACUGCACCUUACUGGAUUAUUUCUAGAUCUGAUUAUUCAUUCUUUAGAAAUAGGUAAGCUCUUAUACUUGUUAAAUUUAGUUUUUUUAAAAAACUGAAAUUUACCUCUAAUAUCAGUCACACUAAUGUAAAAUACUGGAGCUUAAGUAUAUGAUUCAGUCAUUAACUUUAUAAUAUAUGCAAGGAAAAAUUCAUGAAGGCUGCUAGAAAAUUAAACUUUAUUUAUUACCAAUUCCU